CUUUCAGCCUGAUGUCAGGUUGAAGUUCAAGGUCUCCAUUCGCCUGCAUCUGCCUGCACCUCGCCGACGCCUUACCAGUCGCGCCCAACUGCAAGCUUGCCCGAUCUUCUCUCCAUCUCCAUCUUCGCCGCCCAUUUUCCGUGUCGCCAUACCGCGUUCCUGGAUCCUACUUUGCGUCAUCGCGCUCUAAAGUGUCUGUAUUUCGUCGCGACUUGUGCCAAGAGAAACAACCUGUGGUUGUCUCUCUAGCUGUCCUUCGCAACGCGCUUUGCUUUUGAUUUCUCUGCUUGUUGCUUUGCAGGCACCAGCCUUGCGCGAGGGGAUUUCCAGAGAAACACCUCACCGAAGCUUCCUUGCUUGAUCUUGAAGAUCGCUUGGAGUUGAUAAUCGCGUCCUUCACAACGCUGUCUCCUGUGCCGUCUGCCCACCAACCCAGAUCCUUGUUACUUAUCACCACCAUGGUAAGCGUAUGAUCACUGUACAAAUGGGGAGUCAGAGACGAAACUUGCCCGCCGCAGUGGCGGGCGGCCCAAAGGAGAGGCACAAGCGAGCCCAAAGGUCCCAGUACGAUCGCAAGGCGCCUGUGCCCGAAGGCUUUGUCGCCAAACCAGACGCUCCAAAAACGAAACAUCACUCGUAUUUCGAGUUUGUCGAAAACAAAGAUAAGAAGAAGAAGCUCGAGUAUCAGAUCACGACCAGAAAAUCGCCACCACCAGGCUUCGAGUUUGUUCCCAUCGGCAACCCUGAACUAACAACAGCAUGUAAAGAGCUGUCUCGCGACAAGGAUGCCAUGAUUUUUAUCGUCUCGAAUUCGAAGGAAGUCGACUCGAAUCAUCUCGCUCACCAGGUUCAUCGGAUCGGUCACCAUAUUAGGGAAAUAAUUGUCGACGAAGCACGAGCCGCUCUUGGACAAGCCUUGGAUUACGUGGCGCCAGCAUCUGGCCGAUCACCCGAGCCCAUCCCAAAAUCCCAGGAAGAAUAUGAUGCACAGGUAGAUGCUGCUAUCCGAGAUUUGUUUCCCCGGGUCCCAAACACCGAUCGUCAGAUGAUUAUAGAGCAUGCGUUCAGACGGGGAACCACCUUCAAAGGCGAGAAACCAGUAGGACUCUCGGAAGACAUCACACUCGCCCGGCGAGUUCAGCUUGCAGUGCUCGCUCACAUCCGCCAUACCCACACCAGAUAUGACACCUUGCUAAGGGAAACCACCUGGCAGAAUGCCCGCAAGGUCGUCGAGGGUCUGUGCCUGGACACCCUCGUCAAGUGGCGAGGGGACGAGGAGACUGGUCGAGACCAGUUGGAUGAGAUUCUCCGGGAAGUGGUCGUAAUUUCUGACUCUGAGGAUGAAGAUUCCGGUCAAGAAACCGAUGAGUCCUCCAUCGAGGGGAUUGAGCCUCCACCAAAAGCUGCCGUCCCCACUCGGGUUGAGAGUAAUGUCUCCGGCCAAGUUGUUCCUGGUCGCAGACGCUCGCCCAGAGCCACAAAUAACAACAACGGACCCUUAACUCCAGCCAAGUCAAAUGGCAAGGUCAAGAAAGCUAACCGUAAGAAUCCAUCGGACAAGAAAGGGCAGCGCGGAUUCAAGAGAUACCAUGCCUGGCAAGAAGCAAUUCGUCGGUAUCGCGAAGAACAAGAUCCAGAACCCCAGCCUUCUCCCAUGGACAUACCUCCCAACUACCCACUUCACCGCCAGCUCGCGCCCGGCCCUGCUACCCCGUAUACACCGCACGAAUUCCCCGGCACUUCGGAGCUUAGGAUUAUUUCCAAAGAUGCAGGGCCUGUGCCGACUGAGAACGGGUACGUUGUGCAACCACCAUCCUACGGCGGUCAGCCUAUGGACCUUACGCGACCCUCGUAUUCUCCCCGUCCAAGGCCUCCAGUGCAUGAGAAGGUAAUGUCUCCUAUUCAUCCCAGCGGUCAAGUUUCGCAUCAGCCGGGCUCUAGGGUCGCCAACCGUCUGCAAGACAUGCUGGUACGUUCCAUUGAACCAGUGUCUCCCGAAUCUAUGAGACCGUCAUUUGUCCGUACCGUACCGCCCAGAAGUCAGGGCUUCGGGAAUGGCUCUCCAGUUGGUUCCAGCAUGCAGUAUUCCCCAAGAGGUCCCUCGCCCCUGAGAGGGGUCAUGAUGAGGGAUAAACCCAUUUUCCCCAGCCGACGCGUAACUGGGGAUCAGCCUAUGCCGGGAGCCAACCCCAUGGCUGGCUAUUAUGAUGAUCAUCACAGGCAGAUACCAAAUGUCCCCCAUGAACAGACAUACGUAUCCCCUCGCAAUGGAUACCCUAUUUCUAUCUCUCCUUUGUAUCGCUCUGACGGACGAGCCCCUGAGUCUAAUCAGCCGCCAGCACUGGCACCGACUCGGAGGCUCUUCGAAAAUGUCUCAAGACCAGGAGAUCAGUCCAACCCCAUAUUUAUGGAAGACCGGGGUGGGUUCUUUGAACGGGUUUCUCCUCAUCCAGACGGUGCUCAUCCACUACCUCGGACCGCUAAGGUUAUUGAAUUCCGACAGCCAACUCAUGAGGUCCGGAGAGCACCGGAACCCCAUCGUGUUGUUUCCCGGCAGGAGGGGUCGCGGAUCUUGAGGGAGAGCCAAGGAAGUGCUAGAGUCGAGGUCAUUCCGAUCGCGAGCGCGCGUCCCUUGCCAGUUGGUCGUCAAUCUCGCCCAAUUCUUGCAGAUCCUGCUGUCAUUGAGCAACGAGCACCGAACAAUCCAGUUCACGGUCGAGGUCUUGACGGAAGCUACUACCCUGUUUAUAUUCAGAGACCGAGAUUGGAACCUCGACCAGUGUCGGGUGAGCCCCGCCAGGAACCAUAUAGAGAAGUACGGCACAACGAUCGCCUGUCCAUGGGUCCUCCGUAUGUUCAACCGGUGUAUCGGCACAUUGGGAAUGAGCCCCCAGCAACAGACAACCAAUUCAACCCCAGAAGAGGACACCCUGUACACCCACAUCACCCUGAGGACGUUAUUGUUCUCGAAUAAUCACUCGAGCUGUGUGGCACAGUUACGUACUACGAGCCUGUGGCUUGUCCUUCUUUUCGCUUCCCUCUCAGCAUUACACUCCAGACAGUGCAGGACUGCAUCAAGGCGUUGGCGGCUUAUGUUCGCUUAAAUGGUAUUAGUAGGGGAGGAUGAUGUGAUGAUAACUAUGAGGUUUCGUGUUUUACUAAAUUUCUGCUUGAAGCAGUUGAAUGGGACAACGACUUGACGGAAUGAUACCCAGUGUGGAUGGAAAGGAUUGUUUGGCGGACUAUUGUAUAGAAUAGAUGAUACGAAUUUCUCAUCGUGCUUGGAGGAUUCCCUCCG